AAUCAACGCGAAUACCCAAAAGAUGUGGUCCACACCAAACUUUGUGUACAAGGUGUUGAUUUGGAUUUUAUUAGCAAGGCAAUCGAGUGCCAUAAAAUAUAAAUUCAGUCUUGAAAAUGAGGAUGUAUUCACCAAUUGUCCCAAUAAACCAAGUAACGUACUCAAUGUAAGUGGACUGUUCGAUACCUCUGAGUCAACAUUUAAAACGGAUUUUGUGUCGGUACGCUUUUCGGGCAAUCUCACCUGCGCCUGGAAUAUUCAACCUGGUGAUCGCAUUCAGAUUUCUGUUCAAUUAAAUCGUUUCGAUCGUGGAUCCUGGCAGCCAACUGUAUUCAAUAUGCAUGUCCGUGACUUCUGUGCAUCUCUCUAUGAAAAAGAACAGUACUGGUACAAGUUUUGGUCAAAGUACAUAAUCAAUAAGGAACAAGUUAGAGAGAAAUGUAUUCUGCCUGGAACUAAAUUUAUUCACGAACCGUUUGAUGUAGAUUUACUUUUGGAGGCACAAGGAUUACCUUUAAUUGGACAACACAAGCUUGUCUAUACCUUUAAGGCAUUUGACACUAACGGUGUAGAGCGAGAAACUAGCAUCUGUUUCGAAAUGUUAGGGGAAUUUCAGAGGUUGUAGAUUUGCCAUGUAAACGUAUAUGUAAAUUGAAAACUUCUAU